UGCGCGUCAGACUGAUCAGAUGCUCAGUGCGCGCGGCUGACUGAUCACGCACGAGAGCUGGAGAAGCUCUCAGCUCAGCUCUCAGGUCGGGAAAAUAGAUAAUACAGAUAAUAUACAGCCUCCGGUACCGACCGACCGACCGACCGACCGACUGCAGGUUGGUGCACGUCCCCCUGGGGGGUCGAGGGAGGAAAGAACAAAACAAACCCAGAGAGAGAGAGAGAGAGAGAAGAGACUGGCCGCCUCUCUCUGGUUCUGGAGCCUCGGAGGUGAUGCUGCUGCUGCUGGGCGGUGAUGGAUGCUGCUGGUGCUGCUGGUGCUGAUGCUGCUGGAUGCUGAUGCUGCACGGUGGUUUGUGCCCGGUGGAGGAGAAGACGCGAGCGCACCGCCGAGCAAGAAUUGAUGCUGAUGCUGCUGGUGCUGAUGAUGCUGUGGUCUGUUUCUGCUCCUCCGGAUCCGACUCGUCCGGGAUUCAUCUUCUUCUCCCAUCCUUUGGAUUAUAGAUGAUUGUUGAUUUUCUUUUUUAAUUUCAUCAACAUUUUUUUUUUUUUUUUUAAGUGAGUGAGGCCAAAUUGGGUAGAUUGAAGCACACCGGUGUGUAUUUUCGUCUCCAAGUAGCGCGCAAUCACGCCCAAAAUCAGUGAGCGACGCCUUGGUGAGGAGGAGGAGGAGGAGGAGGAAGAGGAGGAGGAAGAGGAAGAGGAGGAAGGAGGGGGGGGGGGAUGCCGCACCGUCCAUCACCAAAUAUCAACACAUGUCACCAUGCAGGAUCAGGAUCGAGUUCUGGGGAAGCCCCCCUCGGUUGGUGUUUGAGUGCGUGUAUAACCGUGCUCGUGGUCGUGAGAGGUGGAGAUCUGCCGUGAAACACAGCAAACAGUGCGGAUAUAUGGCACAAGAAUAAAUGAUCUUACUCUUAUCUAUUCCUAUUUUUAUCUCACAGGAUAAAAAAAAAACCUGAGGAGGAGAGAAAAACAGAAAAGAGACGUGUGUGUGCAGAUCGUGUGAAGAUGCUCUAGAGGCUGGUUGAGAUGAGAGGAGGGAAAAGACGCAGUCUGCAGCUCCAGUAGCCUUCUGACUUAGUGGAGAUGAUUGUUAAUAUGUCUGUAAACGCACAGCUAUGCAUCCUCAUCGCAUGAUGCACUGUUGAAAUGCAACAAACCGGCUCAGUUCACUCCUGGAGAGAUUUUUCACGACCAAAAAAAGCAGAUAAAAGCAGGAUGCUUUGUUGCUCUUCGACGCAGAUGCUCUGACAAGAUAAAACAUUUCUGACAGUUUUUCAUUCAAUUUUUUUGUGUGAACUGAUUUGCCAGGAAUUGCAUAAAACCAUCGCUCUUAUUUCCCAUUCAUAUUCCAAACACACGACCAGAGACACCGUGCACUCUCCAUCCCUCUCUCUCUCUCCAUCCCUCUCUCUCUCUCUCUCCAUCCUCUCUCUCUCCUCUUCUCUCCUCCCACCUCUCUCUCUCCACACACAAAUGGAGGUAUCUUCUCGGUGCUGAAGAUCUGUGAAGGAGACACACACAGACAGAUAGACAGAAGGAGACAGAGACAGAGACAGAAGCGACUCCUCCAUCCUCCAUCUCCAUCAUUGUGCAUGUUGUGUGUGUUGGAUGGGAGUCUGAUGGUCUGAUGGUCUGAUGGGGUGGUGGCAUGUGGACCUGUCACUCUGAGGUUCCCCCCAGGCUCCUUCCUAACCUCUGGCGUUUGGUGUCUGCAGAAUGGCGCGUUUUGGAGACGAGCUACCCAACAGGUAUGGAGGAGGAGGCGGAGGUGGAGGAGGAGGAGGAGGAGGUGGUGGUGGCGGUGGUGGCGGGGGUGCCGGAGGACCAGGGGGGCCCGGCCGUGGAGGCAGCAGGCAAGGGGGGCCCCCCGGAGGGCAGAGGAUGUACAAGCAGUCGAUGGCCCAGAGAGCCCGGACCAUGGCCCUGUACAACCCCAUACCCGUCCGGCAGAGCUGCCUAACGGUCAACCGCUCCCUCUUCCUCUUCAGCGAAGACAACUUCGUGAGGAAGUACGCCAAAAAGAUCACCGAAUGGCCUCCGUUUGAAUGGAUGAUCCUCACCACCAUCAUUGCAAACUGCAUCGUUCUGGCUCUGGAACAGCACCUUCCUGAUGGAGACAAGACCCCUCUGUCUGAACGACUGGAGGAGACGGAGCCCUACUUCAUAGCCAUCUUCUGUUUCGAGUCGGGGAUAAAGAUCCUGGCUCUGGGUUUUGCGUUGCACAAGGGCUCCUAUCUGAGGAACGGCUGGAACGUCAUGGACUUCGUGGUCGUGCUCACCGGUAUUUUGUCGUCAGUGGGGUCUCAGCUUGACCUGAGGACACUACGAGCCGUCAGAGUGCUGCGACCACUGAAACUGGUGUCUGGGAUUCCCAGCCUGCAGGUGGUGCUCAAGUCCAUUAUGAAGGCUAUGAUCCCCCUGCUGCAGAUCGGCCUGCUGUUGUUCGUGGCCAUCCUCAUGUUCGCCAUCAUCGGCCUGGAGUUCUACAUGGGGAAGUUCCACACUACCUGCUACGACAAAGUCACACGAGAGGUAGUGGACGAGUUACCGUGUGGCACAGAGUUGCCGUCGCGGUUGUGUCCCAACGGCACGGUGUGCGAAGGUCGCUGGAUUGGACCCAACUACGGCAUCACCCAGUUCGACAACAUCCUGUUCGCCGUGCUCACCGUCUUCCAGUGCAUCACCAUGGAGGGAUGGACAGAGAUGCUCUACUAUAGUAAUGAUGUGGAGGGCAGUGCCUGGAACUGGAUGUACUACAUCCCCCUCAUCAUCAUCGGCUCCUUCUUCAUGCUCAACCUGGUGCUGGGUGUACUCUCAGGUGAAUUUGCCAAAGAGAGAGAGCGAGUGGAGAACAGGAGCGAGUUCCUCAAGCUGAGGCGACAGCAGCAGAUUGAGAGAGAGCUCAACGGAUACCUGGAGUGGAUCUGCAAAGCAGAAGAGGUGAUUCUGGCUGAGGAGGAUGGCACAGUGAACUUUGAUGGUUCGAGGCGAAGGCCAACCAUCAAAACCAAAAACAACAAGACGGAGCUGCUGAACCCUGAGGAAGGAGAGGACAACAUGGGAGAUGCAGUCGGAUUCGCCCGCUCCAGUAUAAAGAGCGGGGUAGACGGCUCUAAUUACAGUAAAAGGGAGCGACGACUGCGAUUCUUCAUCCGCAAGAUAGUGAAGACUCAGGCUUUCUAUUGGACGGUGCUCUGCCUGGUGGGCCUCAACACCAUGUGUGUGGCUGCGGUGCAUUACAACCAGCCUGAGGCGCUUUCUGACUUCCUCUUCUAUGCAGAGUUUAUCUUCCUUGGUUUGUUCAUGUCUGAGAUGCUGAUCAAGAUGUAUGGUCUGGGCAUCCAGGUCUACCUCCACUCCUCAUUCAACUGCUUCGACUGUGUGGUCAUUGUGGGCAGUAUCUUCGAGGUGAUCUGGGCCACCAUCAAACCAGGAACAUCCUUUGGGAUCAGUGUGUUACGAGCUCUGCGACUGCUCCGCAUCUUCAAAGUCACCAAGUACUGGGCUCCUCUUCGAAACCUGGUGGUUUCUCUGCUAAACUCCAUGAAGUCCAUCGUCAGUUUGCUGUUCCUCCUCUUCCUCUUCAUUGUGGUCUUUGCCUUGCUGGGGAUGCAGCUGUUUGGAGGACAAUUCAAUUUUGACGAUGGAACCCCGCCCACUAACUUUGACACCUUUGCAGCAGCGAUCAUGACGGUGUUUCAGGUCCUGACAGGAGAGGACUGGAACAUGGUGAUGUACGACGGCAUCGAGUCCCAGGGAGGAGUGAACGACAAAGGGAUGGUCUUCUCCAUCUUCUUCAUCGUCCUCACACUCUUCGGCAACUACACUCUGCUUAACGUCUUCUUGGCCAUCGCUGUCGACAAUCUGGCCAACGCCCAGGAGCUCACCAAGGACGAGGAGCAACAGGAGAGCGCAGCCAAUCAGAAGACGGCAAUGCAAAAGGCUAAGGAAGUGGCAGAGGUCAGCCCGCUGUCAGCAGCCAACCUCUCCAUUGCAGCUAAGGAGCAGCAGAAGAACCACAUCAAAGGCAAAUCGUCAGUAUGGGAGCAGAGGACGAGCGAGAUCCGCCGUCAGAACUUGAUGACGAGUCGCGAGGCGCUGUAUAACGAGCUGGAGCAGGAAGACUGGAAGGUGGGAGGGGAAGGGGAAGAGGUGUCCUACCCACGGAAAGCACGUGGUGAUAUGAAGACCCACCUGGACCGGCCACUGGUGGUCAACCCGCAGGACAACCGCAACAACAACACCAACAAGACCCCACCCGGCGAGCUGCCUCUGGACCAGGAGUACCGGCGCCAGGACAUCGACAACUGCCGCCGAGCCACCCACCACUACCACUACCACCACCACCACCAUCAGAAAGCCGUCGGGCCAGACGGCGGGGAGACGGGCCAGCCGGCGGAGACCCGCAUGGAGCGUGGCUUCAGCUGCACGUCUCUGGGCAACGUGGAGGCCCAGCAGGGGGAGGAGCGGCACAGCCACAGGAGCCACCGGGGCCACCGGCACAGGAACAGGGAGGGAAGGGAGGCUCGCAGCGUGUCCCCCCACCACAGCGAGGGGGUGGAGGGCAACAACGAGCACAGGAGGUCCCGGCAGCACCGCAAGGCAGCAAGGGAGGGAGAGGAAGGCAGGAGACACAGAUCCAGAGGGACGGAGGGAGAGGGGGAGAAAGGCGAGGAAGGGGAGGGACGUAAGUCGAGACGGCAUCGCCACGGCAACCAGGAGAGGAGAGGGCAUCGCACCAGAAAGGAGCACCACAGCACCGGGCCCAGCCUCUCCACCACGCGGCCCAUACAGCAGUACAACGAGGACCUGGACAACUUCCGCAACAACAGCAAGCUGGCCAGCGCCCACGAACACCCGUACGCCCUCCCGCCGGAUCACCCGGACCAUCCCGACCACGUCAACAACAUGCUGAACAGCCGCGACGCCGACACCCACACCCUGCUCCACAGCAUGGACAGCCUGAUCCUGACCAGCAUGGCCAAACCAGAGUACACAAAGAUAGACAUGCCACCUGUCUACCCCUACCCCUCCACCAACGCCAUCCUGCAAGUGAACAAGAACGCCAACACGGACCAGAAGAAGAGCGAGGAGAAGAAGGAGGAGGAGGACGAGGGAGGAGAUGAAGACGGCCCCAAACCCAUGCCUCCCUUCAGCUCCUGCUUCAUAAUGUCCACCACCAACCCGUUUCGGAAGUGCUGUCACUACAUCCUGACCCUGAAGUAUUUUGAGUUCAGCAUCCUGUCUGUCAUCGCUAUGAGCAGCAUCGCCCUCGCUGCAGAAGACCCCGUCUGGCCUGAGUCACCACGGAACAAUGUGCUGCGUUACUUUGACUACGUUUUCACAGGCGUCUUCACAUUUGAAAUGUUGAUCAAGAUGGUGGUGCUGGGCUUGUUUCUCCACCAGGGCUCCUACUUCCGCGACUUGUGGAACAUUCUGGACUUUAUAGUGGUUAGUGGUGCUCUGGUGGCCUUCGCCUUCACGCCGACUAGCACCCGGGGGAGCAGCAAGGGCAAAGACAUCAGUACGAUCAAGUCCCUCCGUGUGCUGAGGGUGCUGCGUCCUCUGAAAACCAUCAAACGACUCCCCAAGUUAAAGGCUGUCUUUGACUGUGUGGUCAACUCUCUGAAGAACGUGCUGAACAUCUUGAUCGUCUACAUGCUCUUCAUGUUCAUCUUCGCCGUGGUGGCCGUGCAGCUCUUCAAAGGCCGCUUCUUCUACUGCACGGACGAAUCCAAAGAGUUUGAGCGAGACUGCAGGGGCGAGUACUUGGUGUAUGAGAGAGAUGAGGUUAAAGCUCAGAAGCGGGAGUGGAAGAAGUACGAUUUCCACUACGACAACGUGGCUUGGGCCCUGCUCACCCUCUUCACUGUCUCCACUGGAGAGGGGUGGCCGCAGGUGUUAAAGCACUCAGUGGACUCCACCUAUGAGAAUCAGGGCCCUAGCCCGGGUUAUAGGAUGGAAAUGUCCAUCUUUUACGUGGUGUACUUCGUUGUCUUCCCCUUCUUCUUCGUAAACAUCUUUGUGGCUCUCAUCAUCAUCACCUUCCAGGAACAGGGGGAUAAGAUGAUGGAGGACUACAGUUUAGAAAAGAAUGAGAGAGCCUGUAUAGAUUUCGCCAUCAACGCCAGGCCUCUGACUCGCCACAUGCCGAAGAAUAAACUGAGCUUCCAGUAUCGCAUGUGGCAGUUUGUGGUGUCUCCGCCCUUCGAGUACAGCAUCAUGGCUCUGAUUGCCCUCAACACCAUUGUCCUUAUGAUGAAGUUUGACGGUGCAUCCAAAACGUACGAUGACGUCCUGAAGAACCUCAACAUCGUGUUUACCACCUUCUUCUUCAUGGAAUCAGUCCUCAAAGUCAUCGCAUUUGGCCCUCUGAAUUUCUUCAGAGAUGCCUGGAACAUUUUUGAUUUUGUGUCCGUCCUCGGAGCCAUCACUGACAUAUUAGUGACAGAACUAGGGAAUAACUUCAUCAACUUGAGCUUCCUGAGGUUGUUCAGAGCAGCUCGGCUCAUCAAGCUGCUGAGGCAGGGAGAGACCAUCCGCAUCCUGCUGUGGACCUUCGUCCAGUCCUUUAAGGCUCUGCCAUACGUGUGCCUGCUCAUUGCGAUGCUCUUCUUCAUCUAUGCCAUCAUCGGCAUGCAGUUGUUUGGGAAUUUGGCACUAGAUGAAGAGGAAAGGAGCGCCAUCGACGAGCACAAUAACUUCAGAACCUUCAUCAUGGCCCUCAUGCUGCUGUUCAGGAGCGCUACGGGCGAGGCGUGGCACGACAUUAUGUUGGCUUGCCUCGGUGGGAAGGAAUGCGACCAGGCCUCAGGGAACUCACAACCUGAAUGUGGCAGCACCUUUGCCUACACCUACUUUGUCUCCUUCAUCUUCCUCUGCUCUUUCCUGAUGCUGAAUCUGUUCGUGGCCGUCAUCAUGGACAACUUUGAGUACCUGACCAGAGACUCCUCUAUCCUGGGGCCGCAUCACCUGGACGAGUAUGUAAGGAUAUGGGCCGAGUACGACCCCGCCGCCUGCGGGCGCAUACAUUAUAAGGAUAUGUACAGUUUAUUGCGAGUUAUCUCCCCUCCCCUGGGCCUUGGCAAGAAAUGCCCACAUAGGGUGGCCUGCAAGAGGCUGCUGCGCAUGGAUCUGCCGGUUGCCGACGACAACUCGGUGCAUUUUAACUCCACCCUCAUGGCUCUGAUCAGGACGGCACUGGACAUAAAGAUCGCCAAGGGCGGUGCAGACAAGCACCAGAUGGAUGCGGAGCUGAGAAAGGAGAUGAUGGCCAUUUGGCCGAACUUAUCUCAGAAGACUCUGGACCUGCUGGUUACACCGCACAAGGCAGCCACAGACUUGACGGUGGGCAAAAUCUACGCCGCCAUGAUGAUCAUGGAGUACUACCGGCAGAGCAAGACGAAAAAGCUGCAGGCCCUGCGAGAGGAACAGAACCGAACGCCAUUAAUGUUUCAGCGCAUGGAGGCGCCCUCUGAGGGAGGGGGCACGGAGGGCCAGGGGGGUCAAGGCCUCAACGGCCUCCCCAGCACCCAGACAGACAACCUCAACAGCAUACCUCCCGAGGGCGGCAUGACUGAGAGCCAAUCGUGGGUGACGGCCAAAGCCCAGGAAAUGUUCCAGAAGACGGGCAACUGGAGCCCCGACAGACCCUACCCUGACGAUCUCCACGACAACCGUCACAACCCGCAGACGGUAGAGAUGAGGGAGAUGGGGCGGGACGGGUACUCCGACACUGAGCCCUAUCACCCAAUGGAUGGGCACGGGCGGACCCUCUCCAUGCCCCGCCUCUCGGCAGACAACCAACUCUACGUAUCAUCUCUGUGUUUGCCUGCUCUGCAGCGGAGGAGACACAGGCCUCGCGGAAAUAACCUCAGUACCAUCACCGACACCAGUCCGAUGCGUCGCUCCACCUCCAGCCUGGUCCAUGGGCGUACGGGCCGCGGCGUGAGGCUGGACGACUACUCCCUGGAGAGGGUGGUGUCCGAGGAGGCGAGACACGGAGGAGGAGGAGGAGGAGGAGGAGGCGGCGGAGGUGGAGGAGGAGGAGGAGGACGCCGACACAGGGACAGGAGUCACCGGGCUUCGCAGCGCUCCCUGACCAGAUACACCGACGCUGACACGGGUCUGGGCACAGACCUCAGCACCACCACGCAGUCGGGCGACCUCCCACCCAAGGAGCGCGAGCGGGACCGCGGCCGGACCAAGGACCGUCGUCACCACCACCACCACCAUCACCACCACGGCUCCAUGGACAAGGAGCGCUACGGCCCGGACAGACACGACUACCCACACGGGCACCCCCACGACCGCCAGUGGUCCCGCUCGCCCAGCGAGGGGCACGACGGACGAGGACACAGACAGGGCAGUAGUUCGGUGAGCGGCAGCCCGGUCCCCUCCACGUCGGGGACCAGUACUCCGCGGAGAGGCCGUCGCCAGCUGCCCCAGACCCCCGCCGUCCCCCGUCCGCACGUCACCUACUCCCCCACCGUCCGCAAGCCCAGCUAUGGCCCGCCGGGGCCGGGCCGCCUGCGCUCGCCGUCCCCCCGACACUUCUCCCCGCCGGACCUGGACAGAGGCUACCACCACCGACCCCCGUCACGCCAAGCUUCUCCCAUCCACGGGGGCACCGGGUCCCGGCACGGUUCGCCGCGCUCCCCUAGGCACCAGUCGCCUCGCUCGCCCCUCCACGGCUCGCCCAGGUCCCCUCACCGAGGCCGCUGGAGCGGGCCUCCGCCCGGGGACAGCCUGGAGGGCGACGGGCCCUUCUACGAGCGCGACUACGAGUACGAGCGGCACCACGAGCCCCCCGCCUACGAGCAAAGCCUCUCCCACGGCAACCCGCACCCUCACGGGGGGAAUCCUCACCCACACCCACGCUCACCUAGGACUGCCCACCACGGGCCCCCUCAGCCCCCUCACCCGCAUCCACGUAGGAUGCCCAACGGUUACCGCUCAUCCUCACCUUCUCCGCAUCGGCGGGUGCCACCUGGGGCGCCCCCCCCUCCACACCACCGCACCCCCCAUGCCCGAGGGCCCCGCAAGGGCCUGCAUGAACCUUAUAGUGAGACGGACGAGGACGACUGGUGCUAGCAACCACAGGGAGCGAGGGAUACGGGCAGGAGAGGAGAAGAAUAGCAGCCUCCGGUGCUCUGGCCUUGGACGUGUAGACUUUUAAUAAAGCAGAGGUGGUGAAAAUGUCGAGGGCGGUCAGACGCCCUCCAAACCCUCUACCGUCACCCCUCGGACUCUAAAUGAGAGGAAAGGGCGGAGGGGAGGGGGGUGGAGGGGCUGCAAAUAGCCUUUUACAGAUUUUGUGUGAGACUCAGAUCAGCGACGGAGCAGCACGUGGAUGAAAUGAAACAGAGACAGCUAGGCCCGGGCUCGGUUCACCUCUCUCACUCUCAGAACUACACUUCCCACAAUUCAAUGCCUGACCAGCAAGGCCAGGCUGCAGGAGGAAGAGAGAGGUGUGGGAACAAAAAAAAGCGAGGGAGGAGCAUGUAAAACUGCCGGGGCCGGGUUCCGACGAGGCCUAACGGCACUUCUCCCAGACUGUGGCGUGAUUGGUCGGCCUCGCCAGAUGUGCGUGCUAUCUGUCGCUGGCCGCUCUGCUGAUGUAAAAGCCUGAAAAUGAGCUGCGAGUCCACCGCUUUGACUCUGCUCCUCGAAACAGAUAAAGAAAAAGAAAUCAACAAAAAGCCAGGACCCCCUAACCCUUACAUGCCAAGCUAUGCCUCCAGAAAAUCAAACUUGAACAAUGAAGAACAAAAACUUUACAAACAGUGAAAAGAAAAAAAGGGAGAACAACCACUUUUAUCUUUAACCUUUUUCCUUUCCUAAGGGACAGAACCAGGAAGCUCCGCCUAUACUGCAAAAACCAGCCAAUCACAGCGCUGGCUGAUAUUUGAUGAGUUUUAUCAUCUCUGUUUACUGUUAAAGACUCACUUUAAUGCUGACGGGACUGGUGUGACAUCACUUCCUGUCCGGUGGCGGUGGCGGUGGCGGUGGUAGUGCAGGGGCGCUAUGAGGUGGGGGGGGUGUGGGCUCAGGUAACUUGAGAAGGGAGUCGGACUCUUCGUCAAGCCCCUUCCUCCUCGGUUACUCCACCCGGCGGCAAGGCGAGGCAUAAACCUGACAGGAAAUGACAUCACACGGUUGAAUGGGGCGGAGGAGAGGAAAGGAGGGAUGGGGAAAAAAGACUAUUUUCUUCAGUAUUUCUUCUAUCGAUUACUUCUCCUUCUUGUUCUUCUUCGGACAUUGGAGCUUGGUUCUUCUGUUGCAUUCGCUCAGCCUCCUUUGAUCUUUUUCGGAGUCCAAAAUUUGAUGGAAACCUGCAUGAUCGAUUAAAUACAUACUAGAGAGGAGAUCUAACCGGUGUGGGCGGGGACCUGGGGGCUUUAUAGGAACACUUUUAGGUUUACAAAAAAGAAGUUCUCUUCUUUCACACACACUCUCUCUCUCUCUUAACAUCUCAAAUGUGAUUUUAGUUUUUAACCCCGAGACUGUCGGCUGUUUUUGUUUUUGUCUCUCGCCGAUUUAAAAAACGUUUCUACGACGGGAAAACGCUGCAGGAUCACGUCAACGUUUCCCGAGAGACAAGAGGGAGAAAGAGUGGAGAGAAGCGGACUUCUACCACACUUGAUUUAUUAUUGUUAACGAUGAUAGUCUUAUGAAUAAUAACGAUAUCAAUGUCAAUGCAAAAUGACGAUGACAAUGAUGAUGAUGAUACUGAUGACUGAUUGAUGGAACUGUUGCUGUAGAUUUGUUGUCAUGUUAUUUGGAGUUGCUAUGUCCAUCUUGUUUACAUCCGUUAUGUUUUUACCCCCCCCCCACUCCCCUCCCGUUCGGUGACGUUUACCGGGGUUCCCGGUUGCCUUCCUGCAACAUUUCGGUGCAACGAUGGCGUGGGAACUUUCACUCAGCAGCGUUGCGUGUUGUAACGCAACUCUUACGAUACUCUCUCUGUCUCUGCAGAGCGGUGGAGGUAGAGGCCAGUAGUCGCAGUGAUUCACGGGGUCAGUCUCGUCAACCCAAAGAUCAAAGAGGGAGGGGUAGACCAGAUCAUCGCCGAGGUUUCACACUAUUCUAGGUUGAAUUCUUCCACUUGCAGCCAAAAAAAAGCUCAAUCCCCCCCCCUCUGUCUCUGUCUGGCUCUGUAGUUCUCUAGUUUGAUCGGCAGUGACGGCACAGUAUUGGUGGUACAGUGUUGGUGUCAGUAUUAGCUGGUGGUGGUGUUUUUGAGUUAUCAGUUAUCAGCGCCCCCCCCUCGCUACAGGACAGCCUCUGGGCCACAUCCUGUUUUCUACACCUGGAGUGAAACCUCCACUUUGAACCCGUCUCUUAUAUCUUUGUGAGAUAUAUACAGAUGAAGUCCAGUCCUAGUCGGGAAACACGGAUGUAGCCCGAGAGACGCCAUAUCUGUCCCGUUCGUCAGCCCGUCCUUCUGUCUGCCCGUCUGUGCCAAUGCUGACCCUCCUCCUCCUCCUUCUCUUCCUCCAACCCCUUCUCUCAGGUCUGGAUAACCAGAGAUAACAGUCAUUAAUCCAAUCACGUGAGGUUGUAGCAAACCUCCUCUGCCAAAACCAACGUCAGUAUCCACCAACCUCUCCUUCCUCAUCCACCUUUUUGUUCUGUCCAUUCUGCUUUGACAUCUUUCAGCUUUGUGCCAGAGAAGCGACACUGAAAGGCUUUAACGGACAGAAACACUACUAACUUCAUCCUUAUUGUUAUGAGGGAUUAUUGAAUAUUCAAUAGGACAAGAUGAUAAAAGUAUAGAUAGAUGAUAAACUAAAUCUAGAUAUAAUACAGUAUAGAUGUAGUUAUAGAUAACAGAGUAUUUAUUUUGCAUACCGUUCAUGCUCAUGACGCGGUAGCUACUCUUGAAACCUCGCACUGUUUUUCUUCGCAGUCGCAUUAAGCCAGAAAACAAAAACAAAAAAACCCCAGUCCACGUGUUUUGACUCUAUGCAGACCUCAUAAGCAUCCUCGCCGUAUUAUUUCGGAGGUACUGUAAAACAGCGGAAUCUGAGGGAGUAUUGUGAAAAUGGACACCACGUUUGCACACGUCUCUUUGACAUCACACGCACAGUGAAACCCCCCUUUUCUUUCUUUCACGUCGCCGUCCCAUCUCUCUCUCUCUCUCCUCUCCCGACAUGCGUUGCCUCCAGGCCUAGUAGUAGUAGUAGUAGUUGAGCGUAGUGUAGACGGGGAUAGGGGGGGUUUUUUGUUUUAUUUGUUUUGGCGGGAGUCGAGGGAGCGCAAACCUGGAACCCCUCUGCCCACGCCUCCCAUCAAGUGAGGUGACGGCACGCUUCCCCAAAAACCCCAAAACCCCCUACAGAGCCACAGUGCCUUCUGUAUCAGUCACAUUGGUCACCCCCGCCCCCGUCAUUCUCCUCGCCCUUAGCCGCUCCCGUCCGCCCCCCCCUUACCCUCUGUAGUAGUUGAGAUCAACCACACUACGCCUUAAAAGUCGAGUCCCACCGGCUCCCAUGCUAGCGGUGAUUUUGAGACUGGGCCAUGGCGAGGAAAUAGCCAAGAGGGAUCACAUCCGGUAUGAGCUGAAUCACUUAAAAACAUUUUUUUUUACCAAAAAUCUAAAUUGAUCCACACAGUUUGAAUCCGAUCGUCGUUGUUUUGACUUUUAAAGACUCAUCGUUGGUAUACCGGACGCUCGUUAGAUAAGCUGUCCCUCUUGGCUUCACCUCGCUGUUCGGCGUGAUGUUCUGCGUGCAUCCCCUCGUGGGUCCAGUUUCAGGCGGUGUAGUGAUGAGAGGUUUACAGAGGUGCAAAGCGGUUUCGCUUACUUCUCAGGUCCCUCUAGAGUUAGGUAGCUAGAUCCUUAGACAACGUAGAGAAGACUCAGCUACAAAAACAAGCAGGCCUCGGAUUGAGUUAUUGUAUGGUUUUACCUGGCAUGGCGUCAGACGAUGUAAUGUUGAACCCCCUUCCUCCCCCUCGCCUUUCCUCCUCCUCCUCUCUGCUUUCACUAACCUACAUUACACUCUGACUAGGGAUGCUAAUUUUUAAUUAUUUCUUUUAAGCGAUAACCCUCGUUAACCGAUUAUUAACCGUUAACCGACAAGAUAAUGCGUCGCAUGCCGCGGUGCGCCAGCUGCAGUGUAUGAGGACAACAGACAACUGAGUUCACCCGUCCGGUAGACGACCCGUGUGUUGUCGAGGACACACGCAGCCACUUCACCGCACCGUUUAGUUUAGCUACGAGGUCGUCGGCCGUGUGUCAGCGCGGCGUAACGUUAAACGAGUGUCCGACAGACCGUGUGUGUGUUUGUGCUACGUUCAGAAAGCUAACGAACGUUAGUGUUGCCGGUGGCUUCCUGCUGUCCGUUGUCAAACACAUAUGGUCUGUCAGCCCGGCGUAACAUUAGCAAGUACCCGACAGACCAUGUGUGUGUUUGUACUACGUUCAGAGAUGUAACGUUAGCGUUGCUGGUGACUUCCUGCUCGCUGUUGUCACACACAUACGGUCUGUCAGCGCGGCGUAACGUUAGCGAGUGUCCUUCAGACCGUGUGUGUGUGUGGUAGCGGUGAGUGUGGGGUUGUCGGUUGCGUUAUAGCUGUGAACGUAGCUGUAGCAGUACAGUUUAUUUGUCGUAAAUAAAUGCUACAACUCCUCAAGACUGGAGCCAACUUCCUGUAUCCUGCAACGCCGGCUCUCUUAAGGUGGACUGUUAAGGUGGACUAGCUGUUCUCCUUAAAGUAACAAGCUGCUCCUCUGAGUUUUGCUCAGUUAAUUUUUAUUUUAGCAUAUUAUUACCGAUGGCGUUUGUUAAUGUCGGUUAGCGGUUAAACGGUUAAUUAUUAACAUCCCUAACUCUGACCCCCUCACGUCGCCAUCAGCAUCCUGCCGACGCACCCAACACAUCAACACGCCGCUCAAAGCGUGUUGACAGACCUCCAUUUUGGCUCCACGACACCACUCGCUUUGUCCAGAAUUGUAACAGCGGAUCCAAAAUGGCCGACACACAACACUGCCCUUGUGUGAAAGCAUGUUGUGUGUGUGUGUGUGUGUGUGUGUGUGUGUGUGUGUGUGUGUGUGUGUGUGUGUGUGUGCUUUUUUUCCGAGAACAAAUCCCAUUCUUUG